GCACCCGUACCAAUCCCGACGCGCGUGCGCACGCUAGGCCCGCGGCCGAGAUGAGGGUCUUAGUUCGGCGCUGCUGGAGGCCCCGGCUGGCCGGCGGCGCUGUUGGCGGAAGGCUGAGCCCCCAGUGGCGAGCUCUGAAGGCGGAGUCUCCUGGCGGAGAGGACAGCCGAGAUGUCCGAGUUCGGGAGAAGCCGCCCUGGAGGGUGCUGUUCUUCGGCACCGACCAGUUCGCUCGCGAGGCGCUGCGGGCGCUGCACGCUGCCAGGGAAAACAAAGAGGAAGAAUUAAUUGAAAAGCUGGAGGUGGUCACAGUCCCUUCGCCAUCGCCCGCAGGCCUUCCAGUGAAGCAGUAUGCUGUGCAGUCUCAGCUGCCCGUGUACGAGUGGCCAGAUGUGGGAUCCGGAGAAUAUGACGUUGGUGUGGUGGCUUCAUUCGGGCGACUUUUGAGUGAGACUCUUAUUCUUAAAUUUCCCUAUGGCAUCUUGAAUGUUCAUCCCAGUUGCCUCCCGAGGUGGCGUGGUCCAGCCCCCAUCAUCCAUACAGUGCUUCAUGGAGACACAGUUACUGGAGUAACAAUUAUGCAAAUUAGACCUAAAAGGUUUGAUGUAGGCCCAAUUCUCAAACAAGAAACCAUCCCUGUGCCUCCCAAGAGCACCACAAAGGAAUUGGAAGCCGUGUUGUCAAGACUGGGGGCCAGCAUGCUUAUUUCAGUUUUGAAAAAUUUGCCUGAAAGUCUGAACAACGGAAGGCAGCAGCCGGCCGUGGGGGUGACCUAUGCUCCGAAGAUAUCUGCUAGUACCAGCUGUAUAAAAUGGGAGGAACAAACAUCAGAGGAAAUACUCAGGCUUUAUCGUGCCAUUGGAAGUAUAAUGCCGCUGCAAACACUCUGGAUGGAGAAUACGGUCAAACUUUUGGAUGUGGUAGAAGUUGACAGUUCAGUCCUCGCUGAUCUAAAAUUAAGAGGACCGACUGUUACUCCAGGAUCAAUAAUAUACUACAGGCAGUCACAGAUACUUCUGGUUCGUUGCAAGGAUGACUGGAUUGGUGUUCAAUCAGUGAUGCUUAAGAAAACGCUCACAGCUACUGAUUUCUACAAUGGAUACUUGCACCCCUGGUACCAGAAUGAUUUCCAGGUUCAACCAAGCCAAUGCAAAUUUCAGACUCUCAGACUUCCAACAAAGAAGAAGCUGGGGGAAAAAAUGGUUGCUGUGCAACAGUGUAUUAAAUGAUUAGGAAGAAGAUGGACAAGGACCUAUUUGUAAUUUAUUAAAAGACUUAUUUAACAAGGAGUCACUUUGACUUCCAAAGGAGAUGACAUGGUUGCAGGAAGAUAAUUGUCAAAAAGGCAGAUCACCUCAUUGUCCACUUUUUGUGUAAAAGUAGUUAAAACAGCUUUUUCUACAUGAAUAACAAAGAAAAAGCAGUUCGAAUAAAGUUUAUGUUUGUUACAUCAAACUCAUGGAGAUUCUAUGUUUUCUUAAAAGCAUGGACAACUAACUGGUAGCUAUAUAUAGUGUAUAUCAAAGAGAAUUUCUUGUGAAAACAGUGCGUCUGUUGAAUUUUCGUAUCCUAUGGCCCCAUUGACUGUGUUAUCAUUUUAAGAAUAUUUAAUUUGCAUUACUGACUUUCAGUAAGUAGUGAAGUCAGCCCUUU